AUGGAUAAACAGUAUGAUUACUCUCGGCAUGAAUACUUUAUCAAUUUGGUUUUCAACCCUACCACCCUCAUAUCUGAAGCAAAUGAUAUUGACGGCUACUUCGAAGAUGGCCUCGAUACGAGUAUUCCUACACAUUGGAAUGAUAAUACAAGAGAGGAAUUGAUCCGGCCUCUUUUUAUGAAAUCUGGUCUAAUUAACGAAGAUGAUGAUGGAGAAAGAUUGAUUUUUUUCACCGAUCUAGAGUUAACAUUCCGAUAUCUGCAGUCUGAACACCAUUACAAACGCAGUGUAGAAAUGAACCAAGGCCAUCAGUAUGUCAUCAUGUCUUUAGAUCUUCAGCAAGAAUUGCUUGUCGACCUAGAGUUGGUAUCAGCUCAAUAUCCAGGCUUAAAAACAACGGACAGCAGAUUUAUUCCUCAACUAUUGAAGUAUUUUCAUUUUACAAUUCCUUUUGGGUUUCACGAUGUAAAAUCGUCACUGAUAACGCUUUGCGAUCCCUGUCUGGUGCUCCAUUUCAUUGACUCGAUGCUUGAAUCUAUAAAAGAACAAUUCAAAUAUCGAUAUUACGAUUAUGACAAGCCAUUCGAAACCGCUUUAACACCAUGUCCGUUUUCAAAGUUUGAAUGUCCUAGUGAUCCACAAUUCAGUAAAAAGAUACUUGACCUCGAAUCUAUUAGAUCAUUAACCCUGGAGGACGUUUUUAAGGAUUGUUUUCAUUUUGUUGAGAAAACUUUGAUGGACGAAAUCAACACUUUUCUACAGGGAACAGACAAAAUCAAAGCUGGAUCAUUAAUAAUUAUUUGCAAGGAGGAUAAAAGAAAGAGCGGCUUAAUAGCAGUACUCAAAUUAGUUGAAAAAUGGGCAAAAGCAUAUAGCGAAGAGCAAGAUAGGAUCAAUGUGUUGAUAGCGAAUCACAACUGCUUUAGUUACAGUUUUUUUCUACACAAUAAACUUAAAAAAUCUGGUGAGCUGAGACUUGUCAAAUGA